AGUAGUAGGAUGGGGAUCAGCUUCAGCUGUUCUUCGUGAAUUUCCAACCAACAGUCAGCCACCAAAUCAUCAUCAUCAUCAUCAUAAAUCCUUUUACACAUCUCUCACUUCACUAUACUUUCCUUAUCCUCUUACUAUACCUCGCCCCAUACACUACAGUUGGACCUCUACUUUUCCAUCGAUUUCUCUCUCUCAACUCCAGAUUUUCAAGCUUAAAUCAUGGCUGGGGAUCUGGAGAAACCAUUGUUGGAUCCUGAAAACUUCAACCGUGAUGGAAUUGAUUUAGAACAUUUACCAUUGAAUGAAGUAUUUGAACAACUAAGAACAUCCGCAGGGGGACUUUCUUCUGAAGAUGCUGAAGUGCGAUUGCAGAUUUUUGGUCCAAACAAGCUUGAAGAAAAGCCAGAGAACAAGUUUCUGAAAUUUCUCAGUUUUAUGUGGAAUCCUUUGUCAUGGGUUAUGGAAGCUGCAGCAGUGAUGGCAAUUGUCCUUGCCAAUGGUGGAGGAGAGGGUCCUGAUUGGCAAGACUUUGUUGGGAUUGUUUGUCUACUGAUAAUUAACUCAACAAUUAGCUUUAUAGAAGAAAAUAAUGCUGGAAAUGCAGCAGCAGCCCUUAUGGCUCGUUUAGCUCCAAAAACCAAGGUUCUCCGUGAUGGGCAGUGGCAAGAGCAAGAUGCAGCUAUUUUGGUGCCAGGUGAUAUAAUUAGCAUAAAGCUUGGAGAUAUUAUCCCUGCAGAUGCUCGUCUUCUGGAAGGAGACCCACUUAAAAUUGACCAGUCAGCACUUACUGGAGAAUCACUUCCUGUCACCAAGAGAACUGGUGAUGAGGUUUAUUCUGGUUCAACAUGCAAGCAUGGUGAAAUUGAAGCUGUGGUGAUUGCAACUGGUGUUCACUCUUUCUUCGGAAAAGCAGCACAUCUAGUUGACUCAACAGAAGUUGUUGGACAUUUCCAGCAGGUGCUUACAUCCAUUGGGAACUUCUGCAUUUGCUCUAUAGCUGUGGGGAUGAUUCUAGAAAUCAUUGUCAUGUUCCCAAUACAGAAGCGCUCAUACAGGGAUGGAAUCAACAACCUUCUUGUUCUCUUAAUCGGAGGAAUACCAAUAGCUAUGCCUACUGUGUUGUCUGUUACACUUGCAAUUGGCUCUCAUCGCCUUUCACAACAGGGUGCCAUUACAAAAAGGAUGACUGCAAUUGAAGAAAUGGCUGGCAUGGAUGUUCUCUGCAGUGAUAAAACUGGAACGCUUACUUUGAAUCGCCUCACUGUUGAUCGAAACCUUAUAGAGGUUUUCAAUAAAGAUGUGGACAGAGACAUGAUUGUUUUACUUGCAGCCAGAGCUGCAAGACUGGAGAACCAGGAUGCUAUUGACGCUGCCAUUGUUAAUAUGCUUGCUGAUCCAAAAGAGGCACGUGCAAACAUUAAAGAAGUCCAUUUUCUGCCAUUCAAUCCAGUGGAUAAGCGUACUGCAAUUACAUAUAUUGAUGCUGAUGGUAAUUGGUAUCGGGCCAGCAAAGGAGCUCCUGAACAGAUCCUAAAUCUAUGCCGAGAGAGAGAAGAGAUUGCUGGAAAAGUGCAUGCUAUCAUAGACAAAUUUGCUGAAAGGGGCUUACGAUCUCUUGGAGUUGCUUUACAGGAAGUUCCUGAAAAGAGUAAGGAGGGUCCUGGAGGUCCAUGGACAUUUUGUGGGUUGUUGCCCUUGUUUGAUCCUCCUAGACAUGAUAGUGCUGAGACCAUCCGUAGAGCUCUUAACCUUGGAGUUUGUGUUAAGAUGAUCACAGGUGAUCAGUUGGCAAUUGCGAAGGAGACAGGUAGAAGACUUGGAAUGGGUACAAACAUGUACCCCUCUUCGUCAUUGUUGGGUCGUGACAAAGAUGAAAAUGAAGCUCUUCCUGUGGAUGAGCUCAUUGAAAAGGCAGAUGGUUUUGCUGGCGUAUUUCCUGAACACAAAUAUGAAAUUGUAAAGAUUCUACAAGAGAAGAAGCAUGUAGUUGGAAUGACUGGAGAUGGUGUGAAUGAUGCACCUGCUCUAAAGAAAGCGGAUAUUGGAAUAGCAGUUGCAGAUUCUACUGACGCUGCAAGGAGUGCAGCUGACCUAGUCUUAACUGAGCCUGGCUUGAGUGUGAUUGUCAGUGCUGUGUUGACUAGCAGGGCUAUAUUCCAAAGAAUGAAGAAUUAUACGAUUUAUGCUGUCUCCAUAACCAUUCGUAUUGUGGUAAGCAGGAGUUUACAAGUUCAACUAUUUUGUUCAUUUAUGACCUUAUGUGUCAAGCAUAAGAUUUAUUGUAUUUCAAGUUUGGAAUUGGUUUUGUAUCUGAUUCUGUUGCAGCUUGGUUUCGUGCUUCUGGCUUUGAUAUGGGAAUAUGACUUUCCACCUUUCAUGGUUUUGAUCGUUGCAAUAUUGAAUGACGGAACCAUUAUGACUAUUUCCAAAGAUCGGGUGAAGCCAUCUCCAAGGCCUGACAGUUGGAAGCUCAAUGAGAUAUUUGCAACUGGAAUUGUCAUCGGCACUUAUCUCGCUUUGGUAACAGUCCUGUUUUACUGGGUUAUAGUGGACACCACUUUCUUUGAGAGCCACUUUCAUGUAAGGUCAAUCUCCAGCAAUAGUGAGCAAGUGUCAUCUGCUGUAUAUCUACAAGUGAGCAUCAUCAGCCAGGCUCUUAUAUUUGUUACACGAAGUCAGAGUUGGUCAUUUGUAGAAAGGCCCGGUGUUCUCUUGAUGUGUGCAUUUGUGGUGGCUCAACUGGUUGCUACCUUAAUUGCUGUCUACGCAAAAAUUAGCUUUGCUUCAAUCAGUGGAAUUGGAUGGGGAUGGGCUGGAGUUAUAUGGUUAUACAGCUUGAUAUUCUACAUUCCACUGGACCUCAUCAAGUUCACAGUUCGCUACGCCUUGAGUGGAGAGGCGUGGAAUCUCUUAUUUGAUAGAAAGACUGCUUUUACUUCUAAGAAAGAUUACGGGAAGGAAGAUAGAGCAGCUCAGUGGGUUCUUUCUCAGAGAAGCCUUCAAGGUUUAAUGGCUUCAGAGGAGUUUAAUGGCAAGCGAUCUCGAUCCUCUUUGAUCGCUGAGCAAGCCAGGCGGCGUGCUGAAAUAGCCAGACUGGGAGAGAUUCACACUUUUAGAGGACAUGUAGAAUCAGUGGUGAGGCUAAAAAAUCUGGACUUGAAUGUCAUUCAAUCAGCUCAUACAGUCUGAAGCCAUGGUGUGCAGUUGUUUAUUGUUCAGUUUUUUCAAGUAUAAUUUGCCAAAGUUAUCAAAAUUUUCUAUCCAAGAGGGAUUGGAAAGUGGCAUUUGUAAUUUAUAUAAGCAAGUUGUCAAUUCUUUGGGGUCUGAAAGGUCAGGAAUGCAUAUCUUUAGGCAACUUGGGUUAAUAAUUUUUGGUAUUAUCUAGUAUCUUGAGGUAUGAGAAUUAUUAUUUUUUGCUGGUAGAGAGGCUUAGGUAUAAUUAGUGCAAUCACAAAGUAAUAAAGAUUUUGAAACAGUUGAAUUUUCUCUUUGGAA